GCGCCGCGGCCGCCGGGACGAGCAGAGCAGAGCAGCGCCCGCCCGCCUCCUCCAGCCGCCGCAGCAGCAUGGACCUCCGCGCCCUGGCGCUGCUCGCCUUCGCCCUGGCCGUCAUCUCCCUCUCGGAGGAGAAACCCGUCAGCCUGACUUACCGAUGUCCCUGUCGAUUCUACGAGAGCAACGUGGCAAGAGCCAAUAUUAAGCACCUCAAAAUCCUCUCCACACCCAACUGCUCACUUCAGAUUGUUGCAAGGCUCAAGAGCAACAGCAAGCAAGUGUGCAUUGAUCCCAAGUUAAAGUGGAUCCAGGAAUAUCUGGAGAAAGCUUUAAACAAACCACGUCAUCGCACUCAUAAAAAAAAGCAACAGAAGAAACGGGGCCCACUCUGCCCUUCCCGUGCAACACCACUAAAGUCUCCAGGGAGAAAGAAUGGAGGUUCAAGAUGUAAGAGGCAAGCAUUGUAAGCCGUCUGCAGGAUUUCUUACUGUAGGACCCAGAGAGCAGAUAACCAGUAUUAGGGAACGAAUACAUUUCACUGCUAACAUGCAGCACAAAAGCAACGCUUCACGCAUUUCCAAAGGUUUUUUUCUUGGUUAUUUUUGGUGGGGUCUUUUGUUUGUUUGUUUUUUCCCCCUUGCACAAAUUGGCUUGCUUUCACAGUGCUAUUUUUAUAUAGUAAGAUGUAACUAUUUGAGAAAAGUAUAAAUUUAUACAGGUUGGUUUAUUACCUAGCACUGGGGGCAGAUACCAAUUUCAACUAACCCUGUUAUUAUAUAAUAUUUUAUUUUCUUUGUUGUGUAGAGGUCCUGCUUUAUUUAACUUUCUUUUGGUUCAUGCAAGUCUCCUGGAGUUUUAAACCUAGAAGGACAUGAACUGUACAGUGCAAUGAUGUUGUGUAAGUAGUGGUGGAACUCCUUGCCUCCAGAAGUCAUAGAGGCCAAGAACAUAGGAAGGCUCAAAAGCAUCAGACUGAUGACAGCAGACAUUAUCCUGAGUGACAUUUAAAGAUAUUUUGGGUGAGUGAUUAAACUCAGGGCUACAGGGCUAAAGCCCUUCUCUGAAGAUCAGAAACCUUGCUGACAGCUGUGAGCAGCUAGAUCAAUGCACAUCUGCUAUUGCAAGGUGCUAAUACUUGGUUUGUAGUAGUUGUCUGUGUUAGGAGCCACAAUACAGUUCUGAGGUCACCUGGCAUUUCCUAUGUUCCUGUGUUUCUGAUGACAAAUUAAGCAAAAAGAAGGAAUGGGUUAUUAAAUCUCUAACCACACAAUCAUGUUGCAAGUUGCCGGAGGAGCCCGAUACGCUGCCAUGAAGGGAUCCCACCCAUCCACAGCAGGUGACUUCAACUUGCCUGGCUGGCUUUGUACUGAAGUGAAAAGGCUGAGAUUCAUUCACCCUUCACCAAAGCUGGGCUACUGAACAGUCACACCUGCCUGAGGGCAGUCACAUCCCUGAUUGCUCUGGAGAUACCCAGAAGAGGAUAUCUGACCACAUCUUGGGGAAAAGAGAUGCUUGGGGCAAGAGAGGGUCUGUGCAGUUUGUGGAAGGAGAGAGGUGGAAAUGAAGGCCAACACUCACAGUUCACCAGCCCUCAUGGGCUUGCUGGUGAGCAGGACAGCCUCUGGAAUUCCCUUUGCAAAGCACAACCUGGGACAGGUACCACUCCUUGCACCGAUCCCCUCUCUAAGCCAGAAGUUUCUUUCUCCUUAUUCCUUCUAUCCCACAUAUUGUGUAUACACAAUAUCUGCUAUAUGGUAUGGAAAGACAUCUGCAGCACUGCAGUGAUCAUGUCAUGCUGUGCACUGAGAUCUGGGGGGAAGCACAUUUGUGCAGCACAAUGCUUGUGUUUGUAUGUAUCUGUGUUUGUAUUGUAAACAAAAAAAUGUUGUAAGGUUGUCUUUUUUGAGCUGGUUAAUUCAAAAGAAAUCUUCCCUCUUCCCUGCAGCCUGUCAGGAACACUGAGAGGGGUAUUUCACUCUCCUUUUUGUGGUAGGCAUUUUUAGUGCCAAAGAAGCACUUUGGCUAUCCAGGGACCACAUUAUUUCCAUGUGGAUUCAGGUAAAAAUCUUGUAUUUUCCUUUCUGCAAAACAGGCCUAUUGCAGAGAGGCCUUCUGCUGGGAACACCUCACCUCAUUUGCUUUAAAGCAGAAACAAACUGCUGUGCCUAAAAUAUUUGUGUUUGUGAUUUUGACAUUCCUUCUCUUGUUAUCAUUACCAGCCUGGUGCUUUAAGUAUAUUGUGUCUCUGUUUUGAAAGGUCUGGUACCACUGUACUUGAUGAGAAUUGGAGUUUUGAUUUAAUAUUAGUAGGAAAAUAUCCUCUCCUGGAAGGGGACAGAAAGAAAGAAAUUUUAUGAGAAAACCAGUUUCUUCUAUGUUUCCUGGACUGUAUUUGAUAUCCUAGGUUCCAUUCCCUGUCCCACACAUGUACCUGUAUUUGCCAGAGGUGGACAUGUGAGUGUCCAAGCCAAGAAUGACUGCAGAAAAAGUCACCCAGGAAAGUGCAUUCUUCACACAUAGCUCCUAUCAAAGGACUGAGGUCUGAUUGAUUCCCCUUGCAGUAAAUGGAGAAUUACACAAUCCUCUGAUUUUGGUUCAGCAGCGUGCUUUGCUCGUGAUGACAGGUGCUGUGAGAGUUUUGCUUCCAGAGGAAAACAGGCGGUGAGAAGCUGGGGUGGGUAGAUGUGGCUGCACAGCCUUCCAGUGCUCUGCUGCAGUCCUCAUCAUCAGGGAGUGCAUCUGGGGUGAGCAGCAGCAGGGACAGGUCCCUGGGAACAUGCCAACCCCACAUUACAGCCUGGGCAGACACUGCUUUGACAGGAGCACUGGGAUGCUGAAGCACCCGGCCGAACCCAGGGACGCGGCUCUGGGCAGGAUAGCCAGGUAGAGGAGGCACUGCAGGAAAGGGGAUCUCCUGUCGGCCUUUCCUCCAGGGGCUGCAGGGGCAGGCUGUGCUAAAGCAGGGGCAUUUGUUCCUGGGAGAAAUGCAUGAGUAGCAGCAGGAGGAAAAUGCACUCCAUCUAAGGUAGGGGACCAUUUACAGCCAGGUGUUUGUCUGGGUGCUUUGGGAGCUGUAACAGCCCCCACAGAGACUGGGCACUGACACCUCUGUGCAGGCGAUGCUUCACUGCCCGUGUGCCUGAGACCACUCAGGGCAUGGGGCUGCUCUCAGGGGCCAGCACCGUGACCCUCACCUGGGUGAGGCUGAGCACAGCGUGAGUGCAGAGGUGACACAGACUUGGCCAGAGACUUAAGUGAGACCUUUUAAAAGCUUUCUCUUGCUUUGGACCAAAAUUCAGCCUUGAGUGGGAAGCUUUGCUGUUAGCCUGACAUUAUUUGCGAGAUGUUCUGGGGCGAGCAGCCAUGCCCUUUGCACCAGAGGGAUCGAUCACUGGGCUGCCCCAGUGCACCACAUGUUUGUCCCGUUGAUGCCAGGACCAGAGCAGGCUGAGAAGCAGCACUGGCAGCCCCUCACUUGGGGAGAGCACUUGGUUUUCUGCCUUUAACUGUUGACCAAAGACAGAGUCAGGGAAAGGAAGCGUGAGGAGAUGGGAGUGAGGUAGGGACCACAUGUGAAGAGGAGGGAAAAAGAGAUAACACUGAACCAUGCUGAAAAAGCAGCUUCCAUGAAUGUGAAAUCAUCAUGUGGGUAUUUUCAAAGUGCAGCUGUCAAAUCCCAAUAUUAAGAGUAGAUGAUAUUUAUUGCUGUGUCAAUUUUUUAUUUAUACUAGCUUUAUACUUUUAUGUAUAAAUAUCUUAUCUGAAUUCUGCCUGAGGAAGAAUGAAAUGAAGGGUGACUUUGAUGUGUUUUUGAUUAAGGUGUUUGAGCAAAGGUGACUGUUUAUUUUGCAAUGAAAGCUUUUUUCAAACUUAAAUAUACACAUUUUGUUGAAAAUGCAGUUCCUAUAGAAGUUUUUGUUGCCAUUUUCCCUUUAUUAGGCUCUAGAAGGUCCUUUUCUCUGGCAACUUGUUCUGAGUGAUGUGAUUUAUCACAUCACAUGUGAUUUAUCACAGUCAAGGUUUUUUGUGAACCCAUCAUGUAAAAUUUGAAUAUUUCUUCUUUAUCAACAUCCCACCAAGAUAAUCCUUGAUUGAAAACAUGAAACUUUGAUUGCCACCGAGAAGAAAAAUGUAUCAUGAUAAAAGGGCUGCAUGAACCUCCCAUCUUCCAUUCCUUAAGAACUCUGUGUUGUCAGAAUGUGGUAAAUACUGUACUUUAUAUUUUUAUUAAGUAAAAAGAAGUAUCUUCCCAAAUAAUGUGAAAAGGGUUUUGCAUUUGUGUUCCUGUAAGGCAGCUUUUAUGGAGGAGUUAUAUUAUGCUUUUGAAGUUACUCCUUUCAUAGAAAAUUUUUGAAAAUAAACACUUUUAUAUUGUUGUAAUUUCUCACAUAAAUGUGUAUGCACUUAAAAUUUUCUUAAUAAAAAUGUAUGUC